AUGAGAUUGGUGGAUCGGUGGAUCGCUGUAACGCUGUGCCUGGGCAUUGGGCUUCAGGCGCUGCUGGGGAAAGCUGCCGACCAGCCCGGGUGGUGGCGGCAGGCGCAAUGGCGGCGGCCUGUGCCUGUGGCGGCGGCAGGACCCUUUGGCAGCCUGUUUGGCGGCCGCAGCGGCAGCCGCGGCAGCCAGCGGCGGCGGCAGGUACAGGCGGCGCCACAGCCUUUCGAGGAGGAGGAGGAGGAGGGCGCCAAGAUGAUGCCGCUCGAUGCCUCCAGCUCGGGCUCCCUCGACGGCAGCAGCGAGGCGCCCUUUGGCCCGCUGGCGCUGCUGGCGGUGGGAUUCACGCAGGACGAGUUUCAGCGCCUGCGGCGGCUGCUGCAUGAGGAGAUGGAAGCAGAGAUGGUCAAGGUGAUCCCCGCGCCGGCUUCGGCCUGGGAUGGCACCCUGGGUGCGGCGCUGGAGCUGGAGCCUGUGCCGCAGUUUGAGCAGGCGCCGCUGGGCACGCGGCGCGUGCUGUUCCUGUCGGGUAUGUAUGCUGCAGAAGUGAUGGAGACGAUUGCGGCGGUCCGGGAGGCGGGCCUCCCAGAGGCCGUGUUUGCUGCGGCGGUCCCCAACAACUAUGCCCGGCCGCUGGCGGAGCUGGUGCAAGAGGUGUUUGCUGACCACCAGGCCAUGAAGCAGCAGCGGGCGGCGGCGGCGGCGGCCGCGGCACAGGCGCAGGCGCCGUGA